AUGGCGCCGCGUCGCAAGCGGAAUGUAUUGGGCGACUCUGACAGCGAAGAAGACAGGAGUCGAAAAGACAGGAAGAACAACCUCGAGAACUUUUUGUUUCCCUCCCCAAGCUCGAACAAGAUCGUCACGACUGCUGGUACAUCUACCAUCACAACUCCCAUUGCCUCCCCGAGCCCAGUCCGCAAAGCAGCUGUCUUCAUUGGCUCCCCUGUGAAAUCGGCUUCGUACGGCUCGCCUUCGAAGACGUCUUCCUUCCGGCAAUUGUCGACGAGGCUGAAGACCAACGACACUAGCAAAAGCCCCAGCUCAAGUUCAGACAAGCCAAGGAAAGGGAACAAGGGCCAAGCGGAAGAGAAGGUCAGGUCUGGGAAUAUUCUGGCGCUUUUCUCGAAACAGGCUGAAAAGGCCCAGAACUCCCCGAAGAAGGCAAAGGCGAUUGACUUUGUGGCCGAUGAUAUUGCUAGUGAUCCCAUCUCCGAAGAUGACGACGUAGCAGAAAGCAACACCGUUGUAUCUAGUUACGUGGGAAGCCGAGCCCACAAACGAUGGGGAAAUACAAACCCGUCAUCAUCAUUGCCGCCACCUUUUAGCCAGAGCAACAGCAACACAGGCUCUACCCAGCCAAUUGUCACAGCUGCAAGCCAGAAGUUCCGGCUUCCGGCCCGCCCAAUUCCGAAAGCAGCUGCUGCCCCGGCUGGAGAAGACAAUUUGCGCCCUUGGUCUGAGCGAUUUGCACCGGUCAACCUUGACGAGCUCGCAGUGCACAAGAAGAAAGUGGCCGACGUACGGCGAUGGCUGGAAGAUGUGCUGGCGGGCCGUCUACGGCAGCGACUGCUAGUGGUGAAAGGAGCGGCCGGCACAGGAAAGACGACAACACUGCAGUUGCUGGCGAGGGAUCUGGGCCUGGAGAUACUCGAAUGGAGGAACCCAUCCGGAUCGGGAGCUGGAGCUUCGCUUGGGUUUACGUCUGCGGCGGUCCAGUUCGACGAGUUCUUGAAUCGAGGGUCACGCUUCUCACAAUUAGACUUGGAUGCUGGCGGUUCGGACAGCGAUGACGACACAGCCAGACGAUUGAACGGGUCUCUGAAUCCGAGUGACAGCAAUCGCCAACGGCGAAAGAUUAUUCUUAUAGAGGAGUUCCCAAACACUUUUAUGCGUUCGUCUAGCAGCUUAACGAGCUUUCGGAAUACAGUGCUGGAAUUCUUGGCAACAAAGACACCUUCGCUAGCGAUGUUUGCGCAACGACAGGCAUCCGUGGAUAAUGUCAGCCCGGUUAUCAUGGUCGUGUCGGAAACCUUGCUCACGACGACGUCGGCAUCUGCCGACAGCUUCACGGCUCAUAGGUUACUGGGACCCGAGAUCCUUCGUCACCCAGGCACAGGCGUGAUCGAGUUCAACGCCAUAGCGCCGUCACUUCUGGCGAGGGCUCUGGAGAUCGUAGUGCAGAAGGAAGCGAGGAAGUCAGGCAGGAAGCGAACGCCGGGACCCCAGGUGCUAAAGCGACUGGGCGAGGUUGGAGACGUUCGGAGCGCCAUUGCCUCUUUGGAAUUCCUUUGUGUGAAAGGUGAUGACGACGGGGACUGGGGAGCGAAGGUCAACUUCACAAAGGGCCGCAAGGGCCCUAAGAACGCAGCACUUACAAAGGGCGAGGCGGAAACCUUGGAGAUGGUGUCCCAACGAGAGGCAAGUCUAGGCGUCUUCCAUGCAGUUGGAAAGGUGGUGUACAACAAACGGGAGGAUGUUCCAUAUCCGCCCAACAGCGAUGAGGCUAUUGCAGAGACGCUAUCCGACUACCUGGCACAAUAUUCUCGGCCAAAACGGUCGCUUGUUUUUGUGGACAAUCUCAUCGACGAGACGGGCACCGACACACACACAUUCAUUACAGCAUUGCAUGAAAAUUACGCACUUUCGUGCGAGCAGACUGGACCGCAAGACCCCCAGUCGUCGCUUGACUAUAUCAAUGGUUGCAUUGACUACCUUUCAGAGAGCGAUCUCCUGUGUCCGACAUGGGACAUAUUCUUUGGUGGAAGGGGAACCAACCGCUCCAGCUUCGGACGAGACUCAGGUAGCCACGUUCUCCGACAGGAUGAGAUGGCUUUUCAGGUGGCUGUCCGAGGCCUGCUCUUCUCUCUUCCAUCGCCAGUCAAGAGAUCGUCGGCAAGUCAUUAUCAACGAGGAUCUGGUGGCGGUGGCGGAGGUGCCGACCAGUUUAAAAUGUUCUACCCGAUGAGCCUGAAGCUGUGGAGGAGCAGAGAGGAACUGGAAGGCAUGGUCGAUAUCAUGUCAUCGAAACUUCUCAGAGGCGAAAUGGCACUCCGUCCAAGCUCGGCGCAGUCAAAUCAGAACAUCACCAGCAGAGCGCUGACAUUUCUGAAGCCGAAGCAAGCAGGCGACUCGACGACAGUAGCUAGCAGUCAAGUGUCCACCCAGCAGCAACCUAAAUCCAAAUGGCAGUCACAGCGGAGGCAGCCGUCUGCAACAGACAGGACGGCCACUACGAAACAAGGCGGCGAGGACGAUACACCACCGCCACUGUUGUCUCUCGGCAGCUCAGCACGGAAAGAGAUGAUUUUGGAGCGGCUCCCUUAUAUGGCACUGAUUGCCAGGGGAAAGAGAUGCUCCUUUGGAUCUGUGGGCACUCGUGACCUGGAGAAGAUAGUGUCGUUCCGUGGCAUUGGCGCGCCAUCCACCUCGGCAGAGGAUGCUGACGGAGACGAAGCCGACGAUACGGCCCAAGGAGGGUCGAGCUUCCCAGCCGAGGACGCAUGGGCAACGGACAAACCGACAGACGAUCCCAGCCCACGAAAGCGGAGGAAGCCACCUGCAACUAAUAAGGCACCUCAAAGGCCAGUCGAAGACGAGGAUGUAGUGGCUAUGGCAGCAGGGUUGCCGAUGUACAAGCUUUAUUUGAGCGAUGAUGAUAUUGAGGAGGUCGAUUGA